AUGUCAAGAAAUAUUCUGUUCCUCUCCAAAACAAUUAAUUCUAAUGUCAGACGACUGUGCACAACACCGACACCUGUUCAAAAAGCAGAAAAGUUAGUACUUAUUGAUGUAAAUGACAAAACUGGCUAUGGAACAUUGUCUAUGAACCGAUUACCAGUGAAUAGUCUCAAUGUUGAGCUAUUUAAUGCUUUAUCAGAUGCAUACGAUGAAAUGGAAAAGAACAAAUCGAGAGGAGUCAUCCUUACAAGUACAUCACCAAAAAUAUUUUCAGCUGGAUUGGAUAUCAAUGACUUAUACAGUGGCGAUUCUAAGUCAUGGAGCGAAUUGUGGGAUGCGUCACAAGAAGCAUUUCUUAAAAUUUACGAUGCAUCAUUUCCCUCAGCUGCUGCUAUCAAUGGUCACGCGAUAGGUGGAGGAUGUUUCUUUUCAAUGAUAUGUGACUACAGGGCUAUGGUUAAAGGUUAUCAAAUUGGAUUAAAUGAAAUUCAGGUCGGAAUAGCACUACCAAAAGUUCUAGUCAUGAUAAUGGGUAAAUUAUUGCCAAGACGUCAUGCUGAAAUUUCCCUUACCCAAGGAACUCUUUAUUCACCCGAACAAGCAUCAAAAAUAAAUCUAGUUGAUGAUGUAGUAGUUGAUAAAGCAGAAGCAAUUAUAAAAUGUGAAGCAUUUCUUAACAAGUUCCGAAAAAUACCAAUGGAUGCAGUCAAUACCACAAAGCGAACCAUCCGAAGAGAAGAAAUUGAUUACAUUAGAAACAAUAAACAAAAAGACAUUGAUGAUUUUGUGAAAGCUGUAGAAAGUGUUGAGGCACAAAAUACAAUCAAAAUGUAUUAUCAAGCUUUGAAAAAUAAGAAAUAGAUGAA